ACUAUUUAACGGUAGUUUUCGAAUGAAAUCGUGAAAUCCCCCGAAUUCAUGAGGGGAUUGGGAUUUUCUUUGAGAGAUAAACCGACACAACAAAUGUUAUUUCCUCUUUCCCUUGUAAUUCUAAGGGUAUGAAGAACAUCUGUUUCGAACUAGGAUCUUAAAAUCACUAAACUAACCUUGUCUGCAGAAUUAGGGUUCGGGUCUAAAGUGAAAAUUUAGGGUUUUUGUAAAUCCCAUAAAAUGUCGACGGGCAAACCCAGAGAUGCUGAUUUUCAGAUUGUCGCAGCGCCAGGAAAUUCGAAACCGCCCCUCCCGCCAACAGCAGCAGCAUCGAGUGCGCUAGUGGAGUAUACUCCUGUCGUUUUCAAGGAGGAAGAGGAGGACCUAGAAGUCAAGCUGCGACGUAUUAUCGACAAUGUUCCCGUUCGUGUUAGCAACACUUCUGGUAGUUCCGCCGGUUCAGGAUCCGGCGACUUCCACCAGUAUCGGCAGAUGAGACGCAAGGAGCAAGAUCGUCUUGCUAGAAUGGAAGUCGAUUACCAGAAGAGAAAAGAGUUGGCAGAAUUUAAUUUAAGAAGGGAGGAAAGAUUAAAAGCAGCAGAGGAAAGGACAGCAAAGAAGCGAGCAAAGCGUCAAAAGAAGAAGCAAAGGAAAAAGGAGAAAAAGAUAAAAUUAAAUGCCGAAGGAGAACAGCAGCGAGAGAAACAAGAGUCCUCAAGUGAUGGAGACACGGACAACAGUGAGGAGCCAGCACCGUAAAACAAGCUUUGGUGGUAGGUGGUAAUAUCUGGCUUAGUUAAAACACAGGCAUGACUCUGGGUUUUCAUUAUUUGUAUCCCAAAAGUGAUUUAUGUGGUACUUUGUUCGAAAGGGAUUUAAGCAACAAAAUUGAUGCAGUGAGAAAACAAUUCUUACAAGCUUUUCUACUAAAAA